GUUAUCGGGAUUAAAGCCUGGCAACCUUGUGCAGUUCUUUUGUGGAUUCGUCGUCAAAAUAAAGAGGGCUAAAAUUCUUGAAUAAUUGGAUUUUACUUGAAAAAUUACAAAACAUAUAAAAUGGCAGACUCAGAUGUAGUGGACUUGGAUUUAACAAUCGAUAAUUUAGUUCCGAAGAGUCCCGAAAGGGUGGCUGAAGAAAAGAAGGAAAGUGGUAAUCAUUUGUACAAAUUCAAAAAUUACAAGGGAGCCCUGGCUAUGUACGAUGAAGCUAUACAACUGUGCCCGGAGAAUGCAGCAUACUACGGCAACAGGUCUGCAUGCUACAUGAUGCUGGGCAUGUACAAGAAAGCCCUCGAUGAUGCUGUGAAAGCAGUCACUCUGGAUUCUACAUUUACAAAGGGUUAUAUCCGCAUGGCCAAAUGUUGCAUCGCAUUGGGAGACCUGUCGGGCGGCGAGCAGGCGGUCCGGCGAGCCAUCGAGCUGGGCGGCGCCGAGUGCGCGUCCAGCGAGCGGCGCGCGCUGGAGACGCUGCGCAAGCUGCACGAGGACGCUCAGCGCGCCAUGGAGGCCAACGACUACCGUCGCGUGGUCUUCUGCAUGGACCGCUGUCUGGACUACAGUCCCUCUUGCACUAAGGCGAAGCUCACAAAAGCAGAAUGUUUAGCAAUGCUUGGGCGCUGUCAAGAGGCUCAAGAAAUUGCAAACGAUUCGUUAAGAUUCGACAGUUUUGAUACUGAGGCUAUUUACGUGCGCGGACUCUGCCUUUAUUUCGAGGAUAAAGAUGAACAAGCAUUCAAGCAUUUCCAACAAGUUUUAAGACUUGCUCCAGAUCAUAAGAAGGCUAUGGAAACUUACAAAAAGGCGAAACUGCUCAAGCAAAAGAAAGAGGAAGGUAAUGAGGCAUUCAAAAUGGGCAGAUGGCAGCAAGCUUUGAGCCUGUAUAAUGAAGCUUUGACUAUUGACAAAAACAAUAAAAUUGUCAAUGCCAAGCUGUACUUCAACAAAGCCACAGUUUGUGCUAAACUGAACCAGAUUAAAGAAGCUGCUGAGGCUUGCACAGCUGCCCUUGAAUUAGACGAAAACUACGUGAAAGCUCUCCUUCGACGUGCUAAAUGUUACACUGAACUCGGCGAAUUUGAAGAGGCUGUCAAAGAUUACGAAAAACUGUAUAAGAUUGAUAAGAGCAAGGAAAACAAGCAACUGUUGCAUGAAGCGAAAAUAGCUCUUAAGAAAUCGAAACGCAAAGAUUACUACAAAAUACUUGGCAUUGAUAAGAGUGCAUCUGAAGAUGAAAUCAAAAAAGCUUACAGGAAGCGUGCCCUGGUGCACCACCCGGACCGCCACGCGGGCGCGCCGGACACGGAGCGGCGCGAGCAGGAGCGGCGCUUCAAGGAGGUGGGCGAGGCCUACGGCGUGCUCAGCGACCCCAAGAAGCGCGCGCGCUACGACCACGGCCAGGACCUCGACGACGACGGCUCCGGCAUGGCAGAUAUUGACCCUAACGUCGUAUACCAGACUUUCUUCAACCGCGGUGGCCAGCAUUUCGAUUUUCAUUCAGGCGGUGGGUUCCCGGGAACUGCUUUCAGCUUUCAAUUUGGUUAAUUUCGUUAUUUCCGUUUCAUAAAACAAUUUUGACAAUCAACAAAUGUUAUGCAUAAAUUAAUAAAUUUGUAUGUGUACUUUAUAGAAUUAAAAAAGUAUAGUUCUAGCUGAACACAUAUACAUCAUUCCACAUUAAAAAUGUAAAUGUUUCUGAAAGAGUGAUUGAUUUUUGGCAAAAAAUUUGGUUUUAUUUUUUCCUUUAUAUGAACAGAUAAAAGGAGUGCUCUGUUUAAAUACUUAUGUGACUGCCAUACAAUAUCACGACAAACUGUGAACAAGUAUGUUGUCGGGCACAUUGAACUUGUAACAAUUGUACAUUAAUGGUGUUGCGUUCAGAACUCUAUAUAGUACCUAAUUAUUAUAAUAAUGACUGAUUUGGUUAAGUGAUUUUUUGAUUGUUAGCCCCACAAGCCUAGUUGUGUGAACAUGCUUUAUGUAAUUUAAUAAUAAAACUAGAAAAUAACUAACUACCUCGGGAUUUUUAAUGUAAUGCCCCUGUCUGCCCGAAGGUUGUUCAAUAAAUGAAAGGAAAAAUACGAAAAUCUUUCAAAAAAUGUAUAAUAACUAAAACAUUUAUCAGGUUAAAAAUACCCUGCCAAACAAUAGAAUUGAUAGCUGAUUUAUUUUAAUUCGAAUUUUAAUGUUGUGUCCUGGAUGAGCAGAACAGAGUCCAUUCUCUUUCAUCUUCUUUGAGUCGGAAAUACAUGAUUGUUAUAUUUUAUGUAUGUGUAAGUAGAUACAAGAAUUUCAAGUUGCUGUUUGCAAAAUGAAAGUAAUCUGAACAUAUUUACUCUAUCUGUAUAUAACAAAGAAAAUAAUGCGUGAAAAUGUAAACUAAGAAUGUAUUUUGUUUAAUCCCUUGUUUAAGAUUGGGUAUUGUGUUCAAUCAUCAAGUAGAAUUAAAUAAUCUAGUUAUACCUAGCUUAUAACUGAUCAAGUUUCAAAAAUAAAUAGUUUUAAAUCAAGAACUUUCACAGUAGUUUUAAUGUUAUACAUGAAUGGAACUCAAUUACUUAUUGCAUGGAAAUAAAUGAUUCCUAACUGGA